AAGUCGGCUCCCAUGUAUGGAUACUACAGCAUAUAAAUACUAGUACCUAGUUUCACUCAUUGGUGUCUGAACUACUGCUCUUCUUCUGGGUCUCUCUUUUCAUUAGGGAAAAAAAAAAGCUACUUCUCCUUCUCAUCUCACCUUUCUCUUUCUCUCUCUAAAAAGAUAAGAGCAAAAUGUCUUCUCCAAGCAAACGCAGGGAGAUGGAUUUGAUGAAGCUGAUGAUGAGUGAUUACAAGGUGGAGAUGGUCAAUGAUGGCAUGCAAGAGUUCUAUGUUGAAUUCAAUGGACCAAAAGACAGUCCUUAUCAGGGAGGUGUGUGGAGGAUAAGAGUAGAACUGCCAGAUGCUUAUCCGUAUAAAUCUCCAUCUAUUGGCUUUGUCAAUAAGAUCUACCAUCCAAAUGUUGAUGAAAUGUCAGGUUCAGUUUGUUUAGAUGUUAUCAACCAGACUUGGAGCCCCAUGUUUGAUCUGGUAAAUGUGUUUGAAGUGUUUCUUCCUCAGCUUCUUUUGUAUCCCAAUCCAUCAGAUCCAUUGAAUGGAGAAGCUGCUGCUCUAAUGAUGCGUGAUCGCUCUGCUUAUGAACAGAGAGUAAAAGAAUACUGUGAGAAAUAUGCUAAGGCAGAGGACAUUGGAGCCAAACCGGAAGAGAAAUCGAGCGAUGAAGAGCUGAGCGAUGAUGAUUAUGCCUCUGAGGAUGACCAAGUUGCUGGCAAAGCUGAUCCUUAAUGGCAUGUAUAAGUGCAUUCUAAUUGUCUGUAUCUGUAUAUGAUAUUCAGAUCUUCGAAAAUGAAAACCCUUAAAAGAACUGAAGGCUUAUGGAAAAAAUUCUGGCCCCUCCUGUCUUUAUCUUCCAUGCAUGUUCUGUAAAUUAUGCAAUUCAGGAUCAAUGCCUUAGAUGUUCAUUUAUUGUUGGGACUAAUUAGCUGUUUGCAUGCAUAAAAUGGUGUUUAUACAUGUAACCUUUCUGAUUCCCUGUAAUGGCAUGAUUUAUGGGUUCUCAUCUCACAA